UUGAACGGUCCUCAAAAUGAAAUUUAGUUGGAUUAUUAUUACGAGUAUCCUAGUUUUUUACCUGACGAAUCCAUCGGAAUCUCUUCUAUGGCCAGCCUCAUCUAAUUUGGGUUUGACCCUAUCUGUGUCCGUACCCAUUGCUGAACUGUUUCCAGAGCGUCGCAUACUGAUCGAUUGGUGCUUUGCCAUCUCCUACACAUAUCCCUAUAACCUAACAGAGUUUUAUAGCAUACCAAUUUGGCCAGGAUUUGGCAAUUAUAAAGCUAAACGAGAAGUUCCACAACUAGAACUGACGGAUGAGAACUUCUAUACAAAAUAUGGACACGAUGAAGGGAACGGUAUGCACCCCAAGGAUUUUUCAGCUGGGCAACUCUAUGCCUUUCUUGAGGAUACGUUAGCGGGCUAUGGCUUCCAUGAGACAUGUUUGCUUAGAAGUGUGUGUGAGCUAGCACAACAUCCCUUUGAUGACAACCAUCGGCACAUGCUAAGCGAUAUUGUGACCUUUGUUUUGAGUCCGUCCCAACACGAUGGUUUCCGGGAUGAUGAACUUGUUUACAGGAAGGUCUACGAACAGGCCGAACAAGAUGGAUUUCUUGGUCAAGAUUGUGUGAGAUUAUAUUCCCAUUGCAAGCAAGAUCUCUUACAACUCAUGAGCCGAGUCAUAUUUCUCGAGAACUAAUAAAACCGUUGGAAAUAGGCCUACAUGUAAAUUGCAAUGUUUCUUUGUUUCAUUAGCAACUGUUGGGAGCCUC